AUGAGUGCUGCUGCGAGGCAGCUUAGAUCGCACUGCCCAGAUGGGGGCAUCAAGCAGAACAUCAGCUGUUUCUUCUACCAGGAUGUGGACUUCGUGGAGCAGCAGGGGCUUCGAGCGGUGAACUUUACUACCGCUUCCCUCCAGAGCAUCGCCAGCAAAGCGCAUCAAGUCGACUGGCCGUGGUGGAUGGCUGCUGCGUGCGCGUGCAUCCUCCUACCUGGUCUCCUGUACUGGCUUUGCAAGACGCCCAAGCAUAACGACCUAGCCUACGAAGAGCUGCAGCAGGAGGAGGACAGCUGCUUCGCUGGUGCGGAAGGGUCGUGCUGCGCUUGUGAGAGCGAUUGUGGGGUCUCUGCUGACACGAAGACGAGGGUCCGGGUGUUCUUGGAGGCCAUCAUGCUGGCUGUGGAUGUGGCCUUGGACAUCAAAGUGGGCGUCUACUACUGUUCCCAGGGCCUUUGGCUCUUUGGGCCCAUGGCCUUGAGCAUCCCGGCCCUAGCAGGCCUGGCAUGCUUCGGCUACAAGCGCUGGAUCUGGCAGAAGGGGCUUGACGAUGACCGUUGCUACUGGAAGAAUCUCGACGAGAAAGGCCGGCCCAAGCCAGGUCUACUUGCCUUGCUCCGCCAGGUUUUUCAAGUGGAGUUUCUGACCACAGCUUAUGAGACUUACCGAGAUCCAGAGCGGUAUCAGCGAGACUGGCUCAUCGAGCAGACUUUCAACGGAGUGUUGGAAGGAUUCCCGCAAUGCCUGUUACAAACUUACACAUUGCUGUGCCUGGAGCAAGAGACCCUGCAAACGGACCCCAUGGACACAGCCAUUCAGGUUUUUUCGAUAGCCUUCUCGUGCUACAGCAUUGCCAAAGCCCUCGGACACAUCUGCUUCACACUGGUUCCGCUAGAACCCGUCUCGCCGGUUCCCUCGGGUCUUUCGGGCUGGCAGCUGCUUCUUUUGCAGUUUGCUGACGUGGCCAGCCGGCUUCUGUGCUGGUGCACGCUGGGAGCUGCCCUGCGGAACCCAAGUGCGGAUAUCGAUGAGAACGGUCAGUUCGUGCUGCCGGUGCUGAUGAUUGCCGAGUUUCUGGCAGUGGCGUUGCUUCUCCGUUCCUUUCUGGAGUGGGACUGGGAUCCCUACACGUCCAUGCCGGCGGCCAAGGCCAUUCUCUCCAUGGUCGUUGCUUACCUAUCGACGCCCAUGCUGAUCUUUGCUUCUGGAUCACUCGCAGAUAAUCACAGAGUGCAAACAGUGUUGUGCUGUUGGCGGGGGUUCGAGGUCCUCGUUUGCCUUUGCAUCGUGUGGUACCGUACGCAUGCCGUCAGCGAACCCCACACACUGCUCUUGGCGUUCAUGAUCUGCAAUGCGGGGGCGUGCAUUGCAGUUCUGGCGACGGUGGUGUUCGAUCACUUCAUGCGCCUGCAACGAGGCCGCCCAAUUUUGCCUGCAGCCUUGGCCCAGGGCUUCAACGAGGCACAUUGGGCAUGCGUGUUCAAUAAUCUCGAGCUGCUGAAGAGCUGCGGGUCAGACUCUCUCUCUGCGAAGGUCUACAGAGGCUGGAUCCCUGCACACUUGGCGGCUGAGAACGGCCGGGAGGCUGCUUUAAAGCUUCUCUACGAGCGGGCCCCCGAGACACUGUCUGCUCAGGACGACGACGGCCAAGUCCCUGCACACUUUGCGGCUAUGGUUGGACAAACAGCCGCCCUGUCGAUCCUCCACGACCUGGUGCCGGAGACCCUCGGCAGUAAGGAAAACAUAGGCUGCGUACCUGCACACUUGGCGGCUCUUAGCGGCCAGGAGGAUGUCUUAAAGCUGCUCUACGAGCUGGUUCCCGAGACCCUGUCUGCCCAAGACAUCGAUGGCAGAGUCCCUGCACACUAUGCAGCUGAAAGCGGCCGGGAGGCAGUCUUAAAGCUGCUCUACGAGCUGGUUCCCGAGACCUUAUCUGCCAAGGACAACAGUGGCAGGGCCCCGGCGCACAGGGCAGCUGAAUGCGGGCAGGAGAAUAUCUUGAAGCUGCUUUCCAAACUGGCUCCCGAGACCCUUUCUGCCCAAGACGUCCACGAUCAAGUCCCUGCACACUGGGCAGCUGAAAAGGGACAAGAGGCUGUCUUGAAACUGCUCUACGAGCUGGUUCCCGACACCGUGUCUGCCCGAGACGCCGACGGCAGCAUGCCUGCACACAAGGCGGCUGAACACGGGCAGGAGGAUGUCUUGAAGCUGCUUUCCACACUGGCUCCCGAGACCUUGUCUGUCAGGGACAACAGCGGCAAAGUCCCCGCACACUGGGCAGCUCGAACCGGUCAGGAGGCUGUCUUGAAACUGCUCUACAAGCUGGUUCCCGAGACCCUUUCUGCCCGCGACGUCGACGGUCAAGUCCCCGCACACUGGGCAGCUGAGAACGGGCAGGAGGCUGUCUUAAAGCUGCUCUACGAGCUGGUUCCCGAGACCUUGUCUGCCAGGGACAACGGUGGCAGAUUCUGCAGAGUCCCUGCGCAAAGGGCAGCUGGGUGCCUGCCGGUGCUGCUUUCCAAGCUGGCUCCCGAGACCUUGUCUGCCAAGGACCACCACGGCAAAGCGCCUGAGGCAGCGGGCAUUAGGAGCCCUGUGUGA